AUGGAGAGGGAAGCAUUGGAUACGUUGCAAAAUGGAAUUGCAAAGGUUAAGCAAAUCGUCGAAGGGAAGAUACCGUCUGGUCUUGAGGAGUAUACGAUGAUUUAUAAUGAAAUCUACGAAAAGUGCUAUAAAGUGCCUUGCACUUUGAUGCAGGCUGAAUAUGAGAAAACUUUAGAAGAUCAUAUCAAUUCAACAGUUGCACCCGCACUGAGGGGGAAAGAAGAUGAGCUUCUGUUGAAAGAAGUUGGAAAGCAAUGGGAAUAUUACAAUCGAAUGGUUAGCAUUUUAUUGAAACUUGUGUUUUUUAAUUUGACCCGUAAGUAUUAUAUGAUCUUCUCAAAACCCGACGAAGCUGCUCAGAGAUACUUUCUUGAAAUGGUCUACAACGAAGUUUUGCGAAGUAAUGUGCAGGCUGCUAUUAUGCUUCAAAUUAAUAAAGUGCGAGAGGGCGAGAGCAUUCUGGAUGGGACUGUAUUGAAUAAUGUUGUGCGUAUGCUGUUGGAUCUUGGGAUGGACUAUUAUACAGAAUUAGAGUUGACCAUUUUUGAAAGUACUAACAUAUACUAUUCCAGAAAGGCUGCUUCAUGGAUAUGUGAGUACUCUUGUCCAGACUACUUGUUGAAGGUUCUUAAGUAUUUAAGGUUGGAAAAAGAAACCAUUGCAAUGCAUUGUUUGCAUCAGAGUAGCCAAACUAGGUAUGUAGAAAUGGUAGCAAAUGAACUUCUUUGCAAACAUGAAAGUCAACUUUUGAAGGAAGAUUCAGAUUGCCAUCCAUUGUUGAGAAAUGACAAGAUGGAUGAUCUUUCACAGAUGUUUAAGUUGUUUUCUGGAAUAGAUAAAGGCAUUCAGCUCAUGGCCAAAAUAUUUAGACAGCAUGUUACGAGGAAUGGUACAUCAUUGGUUAAACAUGGAGGACAAAUGGUGGCAGAGGCAACUGAAAAAGAUCAUUUUGUGAGGAGUAUUACCCAAUUGCAUCAGAAAUACUUGCAAUGCGUGGAGGAGAAUUUUAUGAACCACUGCCUUUUCAAAAAUGCGCUCAUGGCAGCCUUUCAGAGUUUUUGCAAUCAACAAGUUGCAGGAAACAGUGUUUGGGAAUUGUUGGUCACAUUUUGUGACAACAUUUUGACAAAUAGAAACAUGGCAUAUUCAGAUGUUGAAGAUACCCUUGAGAAGGUUGCAAAGAUCUUUCCCUACAUCUAUGACAAAGACAUGGUUGCAGAUUUUUAUAGGAAGAAACUCGCAGAUAGGCUUUUGUCCCAUAAAAAUUCAAAUGCUGAUCAUGAAAAAAGCAUGUUAUUAAAGCUGAGGUUUGAGUGUGGACGACAAUUUACAUUUAAAAUGGAGGGCAUGCUUACUGAUAGGGAAUUGGCGGUAAAAACCCAAUCAAACUUUGAGGAAUACCUCAGUCAGAAUCCUCUUCAUCCAUGUUCUGGAAUAGAAUUCUCUGUUACAGUUUUGACAUCUGGAUUCUGGCCAAGCUAUAGGUCACCUGAAUCACUUCUCCUUCCUGUUGAAAUGGUGAGACAUUUAGAGUCAUUCACAGAGUUCUAUAACAGAGAAAACAUGAACAGAAGACUAACAUGGAAAUAUUCUCUGGGAACGUGCAUUAUUAUUGGAAGAUUUGACCAAGGUGAAAUUCAAAUAGUUGGAACAACUUUUCAAACAAGUGUAAUUUUGUUGUUCAAUGCAGAAGAGAGGCUAAGUUUUUCAGAAGUUAAAUCCCAGUUGAAUUUGGAAGUUGAAGAUAUAGUUUCAUUGCUGAAUUCCCUUGCAUGUUCAAAAUAUAAAAUUCUGAGUAAAAUUCCAGAUACAGAAUCAGUGAUAGAAACCGAUUGUUUUGAAUUCAAUGCAAACUUUUAUAGUAAAAAUAGGAAGAUCCGACUUCCAGCACCCACAGCUAAUGUAAAAGAAAAUCUUGGGAAGGCUGUGUUUCAAGAUAGACAUCAUAUAAUUGAUGCUUCGAUUGUAAGAAUUAUGAAGAGCAGAGAAACAUUAGCGCAUAAGGAAUUAGUGAUGCAAUGCAUUGAACAGGUUAAAGACAUGUUCAAGCCAGAUGUGAAACAAGUUAAAAAGAGAAUUGAAAAUCUUAUAGAUAGGAAAUAUUUAGAGAGAGAUAAAGAAAAUCCUGAAAUGUACAUUUACUUGCCUUGA